AUGAAUAAAUCAAGGGAUUGGAAUAUUGUAGAUGAUGAAUUAAAUAGAAAAUUAAAACAAUUAUAAGAGUUGAAAUCAUCACUUGAUGAUUAAUCUACAGAAUUAUUACUACAAAAUAAAGAUUAAAAUUAAGGUAUAUAAAUGUCUUAUUCAAAAUUAGAAUAUAAUAAUGAUAUCAAUUACUAUAAGGAAUUCUGGAGAUAUUAUAUUCUAAAUGAAAUGACUAUAAAAAAAGUUAAUGAAUUACAUACCUAAAAUUAAAAAUUACAUGAAUUAAUAGUUGAAAUUGAUGUAAUUUAUUAUUGAAAUACCAUAGAAAUUACAAUAAGAAUUACAUUAAGCUUUAAGUUAUCGUCAUAAAAAGAAAAAUAGAAGAACUUCAUAAGAGAUAGAGAAAUCUUUCAUUUGUCCAUAUGAAAAAUGUAAUAAGUAAUAUGGAAGUGAUGUUUCUUUAAAUUUACACAUUAAAUUGAAACAUGAUGGAGGGAAUAAAACAGAUAGAGAAAAAUUUGCUGUAAAAAUCUCUUAUAUUUUGAUUUAAUGUAGAAAAUGAUUAUUGAAGCCUAAUAAAAUGGUGAAACAAUCACUGAUUUGAAUAUUAAUAUCAAAUUUCCUCCAGGAUACUUGGAUGUACAAUUUAUUUAAUUGUAGUAAUUCAAAACUCAAUUUAUGUUAAGUUAAUAAAAUUAGUUAAACUCAGAAAGGAAAUCAAUCGAAUAAGAUUGA